AUGGCAUAAUUGGAUGAAAAUUAUAAUCCAUGGGAUUUAGAAAGCGACGACUACCGUAUGCCAGGUUAGGUUAUCAAAAAUUACAAUUCGCUUCACAAUGAGCCACAACCAGUAUCUAUUUAUAUUUAUACUAUGCAAAAAAACCAGACUGUUCAGUUGAGAAUCAAAGUAGAUCCUCUGACACUGGCAAUUAUUUUAACCAUGCUCCGCUUGUAACAAAUAACCAUUUUAUUUUUUAUACAGUUUACCGAAAAACCAAAGUGUACUCCUCUGGUUAAAAAAGAAAUAAUUGAAUUAGAAGAAGAAGAGGCUCGAAAAAUGAGAAGUCCUUCAAGUCAUGAAGCUAUUUCAUUACAAACACCUAAAAGUGUGCGAAGCCAAUAGCCUCAAAGAAUUAAGGCAGUUGAAAAAGUUAGAGCACGUCUUUCGAAACCUUAAAUACUUAGUAAGAACUAGAUAAGAUAAAGACAAUUGUAAGAAUUUAUUGAUGGAUGGGGGUUUUCAUUAUUGAUGGCUUUUGUGACUAUCUAUGCAUUAUUUGGUGACGAUAUUAGAAUAUUAUCUGUAAAUAAAGAUGGGGAUGAUAUUUUCUUUAUUUUAACCACAGUCUGUAUAAUCUGUUUUACAGUAGAAAUUUUACUAACUUGCAUAGCCAAUCCUUCUUAUCUUUUUAAUGUAUUCAACUUUAUCAUUAUUAGUUUUACUUUUGGCUUGAUUUGAUUUCUACUGCCACAAUGAUUUUAGAUAUUGGUUGGAUUACAGAUCAUUGGUAUGGUGAGGAAGGCAAUGUAUAAAAUGCUGCUACCCUUAAAGCUUUAGGUAAAGCAUCAAGAACAGCAAGAAAAGCAGCAAGAGUAAUUCGAGUUAUAAGGCUGGUUAGGUUAAUUAAAUUGUAUAAACAUGCAAGAUAACAAAUUGAAAGAGAAAAGGAAAAAAAAAUAAUUCUUUAAGAGAUUUUGAAAGAAGACCAAAAGCUGAAUACUUCAUAGUAAUAACAGCAAUAGCAGAAAAAACAGAAAUCAAAUUAUUUAAUUAGAAUCUCAAUAUUGUAGUAAAAUCGUUAAAAAAAACAAAAAUCAGAAGACUUGAUUUAACAAUUUCCCUAUAUCAAUAAAAGUUAGCAUUCUAGAUCUUAAUCACAACAUGAUUAAAAUAGCAGUAACAACGAGCAACAGUUAUAAAAAUAUUCUAAUCUUUCAUAAAAUGAAUAAAUUAAAGAAUCUCACGUUGGAUCUUAAUUAUAAGACCUAGUUAUGAGAAGAGUCAUUACUAUUAUUAUAGCAAUUUUAAUAAGUAUUCCAAUUCUUACUUUGGAUACUUAUUCUGAAAUUAUUAAUAGUUAUGACUCAGGAAUAUUUAGAAUUAGUUAAUUUAGAAAGGAUUUUCCAAUCACUGAAAUGUUAACCAAAUAAUAUGUUGAGUUCCAUAAUCAUGAAAUCUACCCAAUUUUAUCUGUCCUAGUACUUCAAGAUGAUUAAAAUCAAAAAUAUACUGAAUAUAAUUACACAACCAAUCCUGAUUGGUUUUAGCAUACAGAAAUGCUCAAAAGUCAAUAUCGAUUUUAAGAUUAAUAGUAUUUUGUAACUACAGAUACAAAUAAUAAAUUGAUCACAUAUUCUAUUUCAGAUUUAGUUGAUUACAAUAAAAUUAAUGCAAUACUAUCUAUUUUUCAAACCGUGUUCGUUUGUAUAGUAUUGGCUUUAAGUGCGGUAUUAUUCAAUAAAGAUGUUACAGAAUUAAUUAUAGAACCUAUUGAAACUAUGAUUCAAAAGAUAGAGAGGAUUGCCAAUAAUCCGCUUGAGGCUGUAAGCAUUGAAGAGCAAGAGGAUCUUAUUACAUAGGAAUUAGAAAAAAACAAUGAUUUCAAAAAAAUUAAAUAGAGAUAAAUUGAAUAGAGUUCAGAAACAUAUAUUUUACAGAAACUCUUAAUGAAAAUAGGUGCUUUAUUAGCAGUUGGUUUUGGAGAGGCAGGUUCAGAAAUCAUUGCAGAAAAUAUUAAGAAAGGUGGAAGCGUUGAUCCUAUGAUACCUGGAAAAAAAGUGCUUGCGAUAUUUGGUUUUUGUGACAUUCGUAAUUUCACAGAUGCAACUGAAGUAUUAUAAGAAGAUGUUAUGGUUUUUGUUAAUGAAAUUGCAGAAAUAGUUCAUUUUACAGUUGAUAAUUAUGGAGGAUCAGCUAAUAAAAAUAUUGGGGAUGCAUUUCUAUUAGUAUGGAAAUAUCCUGAUAUGAAAUAUCAUGUUGAUCCUUAAACAAAUAAACUAGUUUUACAUGAAGAUCACAAUGUUAAAUAAAUUGGAGAUAUGGCAGUUUUAUCAUUCUUGAAAAUCAUUAUUUCUGUGUCUCUGUCAAAAAAAUUGGAAAAAUAUAAAAAACAUAAAGGUCUAAAUGCUAGAAUUAAAGAUUAUUGUGUACGUAUGGGUUUUGGUUUGCAUAUGGGUUGGGGUAUUGAAGGAGCAAUAGGAUCUUCUUUUAAAAUUGAUGCUUCAUACUUAAGUCCAAAUGUUAAUAUGGCCUCCAGAUUAGAAGCCGCUACUAAAUAAUUUGGUACGAAUAUUCUAAUUAGUGGAAUUUUAAAGAGAAAUUUGACAUCUGCUUGUUAGAAUUAUAUUAGAUUGAUUGAUAUUGUAACAGUUAAGGGAAGUAUUGAACCUGUAGAAUUAUACACUGUAGACUUAUCUAUAAAAAAUUUAUUAAAUAAAUUUAAGGAUCCAAAUGAUUUCUUUGAUAUUAAUAAGAGGAAUCCCGAGGAAUAAAAGCAGUUUAGAGUUGUGAAUAGAUAUAAAAGAUAAAUUUUAAUUAAGAGUGUGGAAGAUGAUAAGAUUCAACUUGCAGAACUUUUUGAAAAAGAUGAAGAUUUAAUUAUAGCUAGAGAACCUUAUACUUCAGUAUCAAAAUCAUUUUUAAUAGGAAUUUUAUGAUACUUGGAUUUCAGGAUUUAAUUCUUAUAUCAGAGGAGAAUGGGAUGAAGCUUAAAAGAUAUUCAUGAAAACGUUAGUAAAUAUAACAAAAUAAUUAAGACAAUGAUACCAGAACAUAAAGAUGGUCCAUCUAAUACAUUGUUGGAAGUCAUUCAUUCAGCAGGAGGUAGAGCCCCAUAUGAUUGGAAAGGAUUUAGAGAGCUUACAGAAAAAUGA